AGUUCUUUAGAGUCUCAGACCGGUUCUGUCUCCAUCCGGACCACCUCCUCCACCUGCCCACCGUCCUCCGUCCGUCAUGCCGGGUGGCCAGACCCGGAGCCGGGCCAGAGACCGGAACAAUGUCCUGAACCGGCCCGAGUUCCUGUCCCUGAACCAGCCGUCUCGUAGGGAGCAGGCGGCGGGGGAGGGACGGGGCGGCGGGUCGAGGAGACCUGUGUUCAGACAGCAGAGUCAGCAGGAAGACCCCGGGGGGAGACCAGUUCUGGUUUUCUGGGCCUGGUCUGUGUUUCUGGCUCUCAGGGGGACCAGGGAGUCCUCUGACGGGGGUCAUGCGGCAGAUGGGGGACAGAAAGAGGCCUCCCGCUUCCCGGAGCAGGACUGCAUGCAGCUGAACCCGUCGUUCCGAGGCAUCGCCAUCAACUCUCUGCUCGCCAUCGACAUCAGCCUGUCCAAGCGUCUGGGCAUGUGCGUGGGGGCUCAUGGCCCCGGGGCCCCCCUGCGCUCCAUGGUGACCCUGCUGGCCUUCACGGGACACGCCCUGCCCUGGAUCUUCGGGACCCUGAUCUGCCUGUGGAGGAGCAACACGCUGGCCGGACAGGAAGUGCUGGUGAACCUGCUGCUGGCCCUGAUCCUGGACCUGAUGACCGUGGCUGGGAUGCAGAAGCUGGUCAAGCGUAAAGGCCCGUGGGACUUCCCUCCGGGGUUUUUGGACUACGUGGCCAUGGACAGGUACUCGUUCCCGGCAGCCCACGCCAGCCGAGCCGCCAUGGUGUCCAAGUUCCUGCUGAACCACCUGGUCCUGGCGGUUCCUCUGAGGAUCCUGCUCUACCUGUGGGCCCUCCUGGUGGGCGUGUCCCGGGUCCUGCUGGGUAAGCACCACCUGUCGGACGUGGGCUGCGGGUUCGCUCUGGGCUUCCUUCACUUCAGUCUGGUGGAGUCUGUGUGGCUGGACUCGGCCACCUGUCAGACCCUCGUCUCGAUCGGCACGCUGCGCUGGACUCCACUGCUCUAGAACCCGUUUGAACCGGUUCUGCUGGGAGUCGGACUGCAACAGACUGGUGGGCUUCAGUUUGGACCGGUUCCUGUUGGGUCUGGGAUUGUCCUCAUGUGCACUCUGUAGUGGAAGGAACCGGUUUAUGUGGGACUGAACCGGUUCAGACUGGUGUAAACGGAUCGGUUUGGACCCUGUUGGACUGAUUCUUCUUGUUUUCCACUAAACUGGUUUUGAUUAGUCUGAACCCGUUUAAACUGGUUUGAAAUUGUGUGCUUUGGCAGAAUAAUAAAGUUUUUGUUGGGUUCUGGUUGGUUUGUCUCAGAAGUGGAGACAGUAUGAGCUGCUGGAUAAAUGUUCUUAAACUGGAUUAAACUGGUUUACACUGGUUUACACAGAUUUAAGCUGGUUUCAACUGGUUUAUAUCAUUUUAAACUGGUUUAAAGUGAUUUACACCAUUUUAUUUGGUUUAAACUAGUUUACAUUGGUUUAAACUGGUUCGAACUGGUUUAAACUGGUUUUGAUCAGUCUAAAUCCAUUUAAACUGGUUUGAAAUUGUGUGCUUUGGCAGAAUAAUACAAUUUUUGUUGAGUUCUGGUUGGUUUGUCUCAGAAGUGGAGACAGUAUGAGCAGCUGGAUAAAUGUUCUUGAACUGGAUUAAACUGGUUUACACUGGU